CAUUCGAUACAAAAGCGGUGGCGUGAGCCCCGGAGACGUCAGCAGUCCCCGCCUUGAUUUAUAAGCAUCAAUUGAAUUUUUUUUUUUUAUUAUUAAAAUCAGGAUAGAUGUUUGGAGGCGUCAUCUGACCGUCGGGCACGCAGGGCGCACAGAACAUCUGGAUAACUCUGACUUUAAAACCUCUCACUGCUGGAUUUAUUUUUUAUUUUAUUAUUAUUAUUAAUGAUUAAACACUUCUCCUGAUUAUUGACCUGGAGACAGUCCAAGAGGUUUGAAAAUGCGUCGCACCUGUGGUUGGAUUGGAUGGGCGCUGUGUUUGUGCGCAUCUCUGACCGUGAGCGCGCAGGACUACCCCGAGGACGACGAGAUGAUCCUGGAUCUGAUCCGUGAGGACGGGACUCAACCUGAAACCGGAGCCGUGCCCGCUGCUGAGUUCCUCAGGUGCAACAAGGCAGCGUGGCGGAUGCCCGGUCAGUACCUCGUCAUACUGCGUCCGGGAACGCACGAGUCUCACGUGCAGAGGACCAUCAGGAGACUGAGGGCCAAAGCAGCCCGGAGAGGUUACCUGCUGGAGAUCCUGCAGACGUACUCCGGAGCUCUGCACGGCUUCCUGGUCAAGAUGAGCAGCGACGUCCUUCACCUGGCAGUGAAGCUCCCUCAUGUACACUACAUAGAGGAGGAUUCGUCCAUCUUUGCUCAGAGCGCCCCCUGGAACCUGCAGAGGUUACUGCAGCCUCACGGUGGCACCUCUGAAAACGGGACAUACAAACCACCCAACGACGGCGGGAAGGCGGCGGUGUAUCUGAUGGACGGCAGCGUUCAGAGUUCUCACAGAGAAGUUGAAGGACGAGUGCUCGUCACGGACUUCAACAACGUCCCUGAGGAGGAUGGAGUCAGAGUUCACAGACAGGCCAGUCAGUGCGACAGUCACGGCACACACAUGGCGGGGGUCGUGAGCGGGUCGGACUCCGGUGUCGCCCGGGGCGCCGGCGUUAACCUGGUCCGUGUGCUCAACUGUCAGGGGAAAGGGACGGUGUCAGGAGCUCUGGCAGGUAUGGAGUACAUCCGAGCAGCGUUACUGGCCAGUCCGGUGGGAGCUGUGGUUGUUCUGCUGCCUUUCGUCGGUGGUUUCAGCCGUUCGUUAAACACAGCCUGUCGGGACAUGGUGGCUAACGGAGCUGUGGUCAUCGCAGCUGCGGGGAACUACAGAGACGACGCCUGCCUCUACUCGCCUGCAUCAGAGCCUGAGGUCAUCACGGUCGGGGCUGUUAACUCAGUGGACCAGCUCAUGUCACAGGGAGCCGGUGGCACCAACUUUGGCCGCUGUGUUGACCUGUUUGCACCUGGCGAUGACAUCGUAAGCGCCAGCAGUGACUGCAGCACCUGUUUUACGUCCCGUAGUGGAACCUCGCAGGCCGCUGCACAUGCUGCAGGUGUAGCAGCGGUGAUCCUGUCGUCCAAUCAGAACAUGUCGCCGGUGCAGGUCCUGCAGACGAUGCUGCGUUAUUCCGUCAGCAACACGAUCAACUUCCUGUCUCUGAGCGACACGCAUCGUCUCGUUACUCCAAACCUGGUGGCAGCCAUGCCUCCUGACAACAGCACAGAUGUGGAGCUGCUGUGUCGGUCAGUGUGGUCAGAGAGGUCAGGGGUCACGAGUAGCGACAGCGCCAUCAGUCGCUGUCGUCAGGGGGAGGAGAUGAUGAGCUGCAGCAGCUACGCUCCUGAUGGUGUCCACGCUGGAGAAACCGUCACUGUGAACGACGGGCAGAUGGAGUGUGUCGCCUACAACGGUCCGGGAGGUAAAGGCGUGUUCGCUGUGGCCCGUUGCUGUGUGGUCGGUGGUCUGCGGUGCCAGGUCCACGCUAGUCCCAAGCCGGGGCAAGAUGCAGAGUGUGUCGGCCUGCAGCACCACCUGACCGGCUGCACUUCUUGGUCCACAGCUGAGAUCUUGUCCGGCUCCCGUCCACAUCACGGUGACCGCAAGCGUUGCGUUGUGAAAGACGGCGUGACCUCAGAUGCCGUGUGCUGCCAUGCUCCAUCUCUGGAGUGUCACGUGUUGGAAAACACGUCAGCUGAUAAAGAAGAGGUCGAGGUGUCCUGUCCCUCUGGUUGGACUCUGACGGACUGCAGCGCCGUCUCUAAGGGCUCAGCUAUCUUGGAGACGGUUGUUAAGGGCAACAGUUGCCGCGUCCACAGCGCCGCAGGAGCCGAUGGGGCAACAGGUGUCGCCGUCUGCUGUCGCGUCAGACCACCAGAGCAGCAGCAGCAGGUCACCACGACUCCUCACUGAUCCGGUCUCACUCCACUCGGAUGUCUGACGCGUUGAUAUUUCUCUAAUCGUGGUUCUGUAGAGCUGUUUGUGUCGCAGUUUUAAGAUUAAGCACAUGUAUUGUAUUAAAGCCUGACCUACAUACAGUCUAGUAACGUCUUGUUAGCCAUUUUUUAAACAGUUUGUAAAAUGUAACCAAAUAUUUUUGUAUCUUUUACAGAACGAUUAUAAUAAAAAGAGCUUUUGAUGGACA